AUUGUGUUUAUCAGGACCAAACUCCAUCACUCCAUCUGAUCUACUCUAGACAUAAGAGCAUCUCUCCAUUAAGUAUCCUCUGCUGUUCAGUUGAAAAGAAAACUAUAAUGCACAGCUUAAGCCAAACCAAGCGACUAGACUACAGAAGGAAGAUUUGGUAGACUAUGAAAAUAAACCAGUUCCUGUCUCUCUGGUGGUGUAGCUCAUUUCCUGUAUCUCUGCUGUAGCUGUUGUGAGACUCUUUCUGUUAAGACUGUUCGUCUCACAGAUAUGGAGUUUUUGAUGACAGAGGCAACUUACAAACUUCUUAUAGUUUUAUGCAUGAUACGAGGAACGUAUGGAGUGCUUAUACAUCAUAACAUGUCCGUAACUGCUGUGGAGGGACAGAACAUCAGCCUGCCAUGCUAUGUGGGCGAGGAGCAUGAAGUCACAGUUAUCCAGCUGGAAUGGAUUAAACAGCCAAAAGGAAAUGAGAAGAUCGAUCAGAAGAUUGUGGUGUUCCAUCCUUUAUUGCCAGAACAUUACUUUCAAUCUGGUCCUCUUCUGAAGAAGAUGACCAGUUCAAAAACUGGAAAGCUACAGGGCUCUAUCCUGACCCUCUAUGAAGUUACCAUGAAAGACAGUGGAAACUAUAUUUGUGAAAUUACUUCUUAUCCUAAUGGCUCGAUUAAAAGAACUACAAAGCUGCAGGUCACAGAGGCUCCAGCAUCAGUGAAGAUGUCACAUCCAUACAGAUUCAUAAAAGAGGGAGAUGAAGUGAAAAUAACUUGUUCAGCAACUCCUCCACCACUCCGUUAUAAACUUAGAAGGUCAAAGGACAAGCUAUUAUCGACGGAAAGCUUGAACGGAGAGUUCAUUUUACCAAAUGUCACCAGAGACAACAGCGAUCUAUACAUCUGUUUACCUGAAUGGGAAUCAGUUGUCCAAAAUCAACAAAGUCUCAAUACCACAAUGGAACUGACUGUGAAUUUUCUUGAUGACAUUGAGUGUAACACAAGCAGCCCUUUAAACGUCAGUUUUGGUGAGGAUGUGGCAAUUUCUUGUAUCGCAAAAGCAUCUCAGCAAUUGCAAUAUAAGUGGACGAGGGGUGACACAACACUGUCUCUCUCAGAUACUUUGUCUCUGACUUCCAUGACAUCUAACCUGUCAGGAACAUACAAACUGACAGCUGUCUUUCAGAACAACUGGCUCCAGAGAGACAGAGAGUUUUCUAUCCAUGUUCUCUCAAAGCAAAGCGAAGGAAUGACAACAUCUUCCCCUGAAAGAACCACCAAAAAUCUGAGGAACUUUACCUCCAUGGGGAUGAGCUCAUGGAAUACUGGUGCUAUGGAGACAACAACAGAAUCUGGUCACUUCCUAACCAGCACAUCAAAACCAAAUGCUACUGUGACAAACCUACAACCCAGAAACACCAGCCAUCACACUCCUCUCACUGGCAGCUCUUCUGCUCCACCUGUUGGCAAUGCAUCUACAUUACAUGCAACCACUGUAAAAUCUACAGGCACCUCUUGUACAGAAAAUGCAAGCACAAGUCCAGAUCCAGUUACUGGAAGAAAAAUAGUUACCUCUGUUAUAACAAAGAAAAACAUCACCACCACUGUGACAUCAUCGAAAGAGUCAAAAGGAACAGCAUAUAUCGCUGUUCCGAUUGUGUUGCUGUUGCUCGUGUUGACUGCGUUUCUAUACAAAAGAUACCAGAACCAAAAAAAAAUGGAUAUGCCACCCCCUUUCAAACCUCCUCCACCACCAGUCAAAUACACAUCAGUGAGGAACCAUGAUGUCCUCAUGACUGAUAUUCUUGUAUGAAUGUGUCAUGCACUUUAGUGCUCACAAACCGUGGGCCACAAAUAUACUGACAGGAAGGUUUUUGCCUAAAAGCUUCACCCAAAAAUUAAAAUUCUGUCAUUCCAAAAUCCAAACCUGAAUGACAUGAGAAUGAACCUGUUCCGAGUUCCGUUCAUCUUCAAAACACAAAUUAAGCUAUUUUUAAUGAAAUCUUACAGAUUUCUGUUCCUUCACUGAAAGUCGAUGCAACCAAAAUGUAUGUAAUCCAUGAAUUACUCAAAUGUAAUCCACAUGAAUCAAGCAGUCUAAUUAUGACAAAUCGGUCACUUUAAAUGAUGAAUCAAAUUAGUUUAAGGGUUUAGAAACUAACCCUUAAACCUUUUAUUUUUAAAAAAAAAUAUGAGAUCAUGUUUUUAUGUGAUUUUUAGUGCUUAUUUUCUCUGUAUUUGUGUCUUUCUGAAUAGCUUGUAUAUAAAAUCUGUUACUCUUAUAAAUCAUUUGGAUUUUUUCAUUUUUUGUAACUUUUAAAAAUGUGAAAAUUGUGAUUGAAUUUUGUUCAACUGUGCUUUACAAACAUUAAAUAUAUUAU